CGGUCAGUAAUCAUUCACCCAACACAAACAAACAAACGUGUGUGAAAGAGAAAAAUUGUGUACUAAAGGCUUCGAUUAAUUAAAAAAGCCUGAUGUUAAAUAUAAAUUUGUGUCUUCAUUCGUAUUGAUUGCACAAAUGAUUCAUUUUUAACGAUCUUUUGAUCGUAUUGUCGUAUUCAACAUUUGAAUUAGGUGAACCAAGCCUCAUAUAAAACAAUUUUAAUAGUCACGUUUUCGGAUCUUUACAUUAUGUCCCUUAAAAAUGGAAGCAAGCCAAUGGAAGUUGGUAAUGAUGAAACACUGCCGAAGAAUUGCUUUUCUAGACUACAUGCAUGUGAUGACUAUAUUCUUCAUUCAUCUGUUAAUGAAUUGCAACAACCAAAACUCGCUAUUUCUGUCUCAUCAAAUGAAAUUUUACUUUUUGAUGUCGAAAGCCAAACCAAAAUAGGGUGUAAUAAAACACAUCAGAGCAAAAUCACAGACCUCAAGUUUAGCAAGCAAGAACCAAAUUUGCUUUUUUCUAGUUCAAUGGAUGGUACAAUUUUGGUAUGUGAUCUCAGGAAUGAAGUAAAACCUAUUCAAUCAUACAGUGAUGAUUCUGAUGGGUCUUUAAAACCAUUGACAUGCUUUGAUUAUAAUUCUGAAGAGCAGUAUAUUUGUGCAGGGACAGAAGUUAUUCGUGAAGAUUCCUUCCUGAUAUUUUGGGAUAAGAGAAUGUCAAAAUCUAUUGGAGGAUACUGGGAUUCCCACUUUGAUGAAAUCACUCAAGUACAGUUUCAUCAUUCGGUAGAAUCUAAAUUAGCAUCAGCCUCUGUGGAUGGAUUGGUUAAUUUUUUUGAUUUAGAUGAAAUUACGGAAGAAGAUGCCAUGAACAAUACCCUUAAUGUUGAAUCUUCUGUAAACAAGUUUUCUUGGGGAGUCACUAAUGCAUUGUCUUGUAUAACCAGUACAGAAGAAUUUCAAUAUUGGUCAACUAAUGAAGUUAAACCGGCUGUAUCUAUAAACAAAAAGCAAAUGUCUGAAGAUUUUAUGUGUGAUGUGGAUUACUUAAUAGACACAUUUGAUGUAAAUAACUCAAUUUAUCUGGUGUCUGGAACAAAUGAGGGAUCUGCACAAUUAUAUUCUUGCAAUAAAAAUGGGUUGAAAAUUAUGUGCGAGUUAAGAGAUGGUCAUAAAGAUAUUAUCCGAACAGUUUGUCAUAGCAAAAAGGAUAGUUUUCUAGUUACUGGAGGUGAGGAUGGAAUCCUUUGUAUAUGGAAGAGUCCAAUAAAGUGAAAAUAAUUUUUUAUUUCAUUUAUACAAUUGUAACAGAUAUAUCGUAAUAAAAUUGUUUUUUUCUUUUAAAUAAAA